AAAAGAUUGAAGAGGGAGGGGUUUUUACGGGAUUCUUCUAGUGUGUAGCAAGCAAAACACUGUCACUGGGACGAAAGUUAAGAAAAUUUGAACAAGGGGACGACACGCCGGCGCUAGGGGUUUUCGACAGGUUUCGCCGAUGGGGAAAGGAAAUCAAAUGGUUGGAUUAUCGUUGGAUGAUGGAGAUGACGAUGUUUCGUAUAGCUUAACGUCAUCUCCGUCUACUGCGAAGCCGAAAUCCAGGUCCUCGGGUGCUAGCAGAACCAAUCCUAGAGCGUCGAAGAAAGCUCGACUUUCGGGUGCUAGGGCGAGUAAAGACUCGAGUCACGUAGACAAGAUCAGAUUGUCUUUCGAAGAUUUCGAUGAAGCUUUGAGCGGGUUCAAGGCUUCUGCUGGCUAUGAAAGGAGCAUGAAUACUGAUUUAUGGGUUGACAAGUACAGACCUCGCACCUUGGAAGAGCUUGCUGUUCACAGAAAGAAGGUUGAACAAGUUAAAUUGUGGUUUGAGGAAAGUUUGGAUUUCGCAAAGCACGAUGGUUUUAGGAAUAAUGUUCUACUAGUCACGGGGCAAGCUGGAGUCGGAAAAUCUGCUACUAUCCAUUUGAUUGCGUCUAUCCUUGGAGUCACAGUGUAUGAGUGGAACGCUCCUAUUCCUACAGUCUGGCAAGAACAUGUGCAUAACUCAAGUUCAGGACUGAAGUACACAUCGAAGUUGGAUGAAUUUGAAAACUUUGUUGAGAAUACAAGAAAAUAUGGAGUGAUUGCUUCGUCGAGUACUGCAGGUAUAAAAGCGCGUGUUGUUCUUUUGAUUGAUGACCUUCCUCAAGCCAAUGGGAGGCUCGCUUUUGAAAGGCUGCAAAAGUGCUUGAUUCUCUUGGUGAGAUCAACACAGAUGCCAACAGUGGUAUUAAUCACUGACUAUGUUAAAGUAGACUCUUCUGACCAGACUGCGCGAAGCAUGGAGGACGUUCAGUCAUCUCUUGAGCGAGCUGGGGCUUUAAAGAUCUCUUUUAAUCCUAUUACGAAGAAUUCAAUUAAGAAGACACUUCAGAGGAUAAGUAGUGAAGAGCAUUGUAAGGUAACGACUGUGGAGAUUGAUCAGAUGGCGAGUGCCAGUGGAGGAGACAUCAGACAUGCUAUUACAUCUUUGCAACUGUUUUCCGUUAAGCCAGAACUGAAUCAUACAAAGAUGAAAACACCAUGGCCUGGCAUGGAUAACAGUUAUCACAGUGGUUUGGAUAGUGGAAUAUCUUCUUGUUUUGGUAGAGAUGAGACCCUUUCGUUGUUUCACGCCCUAGGAAAGUUUCUCCACAACAAAAGAGAGACUGAUAGUGUUAUUGUAUCAGAUUGCAGUGACUUUAUUGUGCAUGACCAGUUUGCAAGGUUACCACUGAAAAUGGAUGCGCCAGAGAAGGUUCUUGGCCAAGCUCAUGGACAAGCAGGGCGGGUUGUGGAUUUUCUACAUGAAAAUGUGUUAGAUUUUUUGAGUGACGGAGCCAUGGAAGAUGCCUGGUGUGUGGCUUCGUAUUUAGCGGAUGCUGAUCUCCUUCUCGCAGCUUUAAGAGGAAAGAUAAGUGGGCAUAACAAAACAGAGGACGUUCUACAGUCAGCUGGUGCCUCAGUUGCUGUUCGCGGUGUGUUGUAUGGAAACAAGCAGCCAUGGUCAUCCAGAUGGCACGUGAUUCGCAAGCCAAAACUCUGGCAAGUGGAACAAUCCUCAAUACAAACCAAGAAGAAUCUGAGAGAGCAGAGAAACUUAGGCUUUGAGGGGUCAAGAGUGGCCGAUAUGUCAGUGAUGGCCACAGAGUACAGCCCCGUGAUGAAAUGGCUAAGAUACAGCGCAUCUCCAGACGUUUUUGCAGAAAUAGAGGAAAAGAUGGAUGAGGAAAGUGAGAUAUCUGAAGAUGAUGAAAUACAAGAUUGGUGACAUUUAUCCAUCUUCAGUCUCUUAUUAGUUUGGUGAAAUGAAACUUGUAUGAUAGUUCACGGGGAAAAUUAGGCUAAUUGAUCUGCUUCCUUCUAAUUAGCAAAUUGACAUUCACUUCUCCAUCUAACAAUGUGCACAGCGAAUUUUAUCCUUGGUUUGAUCAAAGUUCAAGCGAAAUCUAAA